AUGCAUUUGGCAUACCCCUCGAGGAAAGCCUCGAACCCUCCAGCAUAUUUCGCGCCACGAUCCUCACGUUUCCCAAUGCUACGCAGAAGUAGGGCGAAGACGAUAGUUCUAGGCGCCUGUGCCAUAGGGGUGGUAUUCUUCAUACUUUCACGUAUACUUGGGGGAGCAAAUGGUGUACCAUCGGGAACUCCACCAGUUGUAAUUGUCACAGUAUUGGAUACGGUGGGAUAUAGUAAAGAGUAUCAGGACAGCGUAAAGGAGAAUCGCAUUCAAUAUGCCAGGAAACAUGGAUAUGCAACAUUUUUCCCCAGUAUUGGAGACUAUGAUAUUCAAGGAUCGCCGAAUUCAUGGUCCAAAGUUCCCGCAGCACGACACGCCUUAUCAAAAUUUCCACAUAGCGAAUACAUUUGGGUUUUGGAGCAGAAUGCUCUCAUCAUGAACCCUGCGCUGAAGGUCGAAGAUCACAUUAUGGCUCCAAAGCGCUUGGAAAGUUUGAUGAUCAAGGAUCAAUCUAUUGUGCCUCCGGACAGUGUCAUCAAGACAUUUCCAAAUUUGAAAGGCGAGAACGUUGAUUUGGUUCUCACUCAGGAUAAAGACGGUCUGUCGCAGGCUAGUUUUAUUAUCAGAAAGGGGGAAUGGAGCAAAUUCUUCCUCGACACAUGGUUUGACCCUCUGUAUCGUUCUUACAACUUUCAGAAAGCAGAUCUUCAUGCAUUGGAACACAUCGUACAAUGGCAUCCAACGAUCUUGUCGAAGUUGGCACUCGUGCCACAGAAAAUAAUGAAUGCAUACAAUUCGGAUGAGGCGGACGGGUAUAAGGACGGAGACUUUGUUGUUCGAUUACCUGGUUGCGACCAGUCAGGACGAGACUGUGGAAAAGAGGCCGAAAAAUACACAAGGCAAUGGCGGACUGUCUUCGCAUCACGAUGA